ACGAUCGUUUAAAUAUGGCUGCUUUUAGAGGAUGUCAGAGCAGCUGGAGCGUGUUGCAAUAUCAGUGUCUACUUCUAGGUUCAUUAUAAAGAUAUUCAAUUAAAAAAUAUUUGUUAUGAACGGCGAUCGUUGAUAGGUGUGUCAUAUUUAUGGCAGGGGACGUCACCGGUCUGUCAGCGUCGGAUUCAAGCUCAUGUAUAUCAGAUCGUGAUUUGGUUCAGUGGAUGACUAAGCCGUCCUACUGCAUAGACACGCUCGGGGUGUUAAGCAUGGCACCAGGAUCUGUACGAUAUUUCAGCUGAUGCCUCUCCAUAUACUACGAGACCAUGAUUGGCUCACCAGAUGUGGUGGCGUUUACCAAAGAAGAUGACUUUGGGGAAUCAUUCUCCGAUCCAUUGUUGCUUCCGGAGGAGUUUUCUGUGCCUUUGUUCAAUCAUGCUGCCAAUGCAAAUCCCUGGACGAAGACAUCCUAUGCGAAAUUCUCGAAGGAUUUCAUCCUCAUCUCUGAGUUUUCAGAGCAGGUUGGACCACAGCCACUACUCACCAUUCCCAGUGACCCCAAAGUGUGCGGGACAUUCGACCUCAACUACUUUUCCCUCCGUAUAAUGUCAGUGGACUACCAAGCCUCUUUUGUAGGACAUCCGCCUGGAAGUAACUACCCAAAGCUUAAUUUUGUGGAGGACUCGAAAGUCGUCCUGGGUGAUUCUAAGGAGGGAGCGUUCGCCUACGUGCAUCAUCUGACGCUGUAUGAUUUAGAAGCACGUGGAUUUGUGCGGCCCUUUUGCAUGGCUUAUAUUUCAGCAGAUGAGAGAAAGAUUAUGCAGCAGUUUCAAGAGCUGUCAUCAGAGUUCAGCAAAGCUUCUGAAUUUCUCAAAACGGGAAACAGGAAAGCGUUUGCAAAUGAGCUGGAGAAGAAACUGAAAGAUUUGGAGUACACCCGAUCUGUGCUGCAUAAAGAGACAGAGCUGCAGAAAAUGAACAGUGGCUGUUAUUCCACACAAGCUAUUGAAAAGGCAAAUGAACUGGCCAAUGUGGAAAAGUCUAUUUAUGAACACAAAGAUCUGCUGAGACAAAUCACAUUUUAUCCUUCGAGGAAAGAGAAAGAUAUGGAUUUUGUGCAAUGUGAGACAGAGAAAGCCACAGAGAUUAGUGCAGUGGAUGAUACACUAACGUGUAACUCAGACAAUGCAGUCAAGUCUGUAGAAACUGAAAAUGAUAAUAAGAAGUCUACAUACACGCCUCAGUUUAUAAAAGCCAAGUCUGCCAAGUGCUUCGACAAACGUUUGAAAACACUUGAAGAGCUCUGCGACACAAACGUUUUCCACCAAACCCUAGAGCAACUGAACCUAGUUGAGAAGUCAUUCCGAGGAGAUCUCUGCUUCAUUUACACCAGCCAGAUCAACAGGGCUCUUCUGACCAAACAAAGAGUUACUAGUUUCCUCUUUGAAGCCGAAGCAGACUGGAAAGUCGAAACCUCAAAGAAUUUCAAUGUCAGUUCAAAUAAUCCUCCAAUCCCCAUUCUGAAUUUAUCUAGUGAGCCGAUGAGCCUCGAGUCGUACACUACGUGUGUAGAUGUAGAUCACAUCAAACCGAGCGGGGAGUCUAUUGAAGUGCCUGCAGAGUCGAGUACGUCUGACAUCACCCAGGAGACCUCUGAGGCAGCAGACACAGAAACCAAAGGCAGUUUCAGUAGUGACAAGAGCAUCGAGACCUUUGGAAGUGUUAGUCCUUCCAAUCUGCAGUCAAAUUUCUUUGAUGGUCUCGAAAGGAGUAAAGUGUCCACCACUUCCUCAUCUGAAGAUCAAAAAGUGGGCAAGAUGUCUCCACAUAGGACAUCUGAUGGAAGUCCCGCUGAGGUGUUUGGAACUGGAAAUCUCAUCCCAAUGGACUCGGCGUGCUGUAUUGGACAGGAUGGUUUUAUCUACGAGGAACCAACACCUGAGAUUGCUCAGGAGUGUUGCGGGGACACGGUGGUGAACCAAGAGCCUUUGUCCCUUCUUCACGGAGAUCCCACCUUACAGAUGGACUACAUCCUGGAACACUCGACUCUCGUGGGGAGCCCCAAUAUGGGGUUGACGUUUUCAGAACUAAACACUAGUGCUCUCUCUGAGGAGGUGGCAAGAAUAAACAUCGAAGAUGUCUCCGAUAGCGCUAGUUACAUGAGCACCUCCACCAGUUCUGACAGAGCGGCGUCUCCUUUUACCUACGGCAGUGUGUUAACACUAAAGCAGAAGAAGAAGGCCGGGCACAACGCUCUUCGGUUUAUCAGACAAUAUCCAUUCGCUCAUCAAGCCAUCUUCUGCCUUCUGAGUGGCCGGACACUUGUUAUACUAGGGUCAGACGAGGGCACGGUAAGAAAGCUAGUCAAUGCUUUGUUAAUUUUUGUGCCCAACCUUGGUAAAUAUGGCGAAACUGUCCAGCCGUGGCUUUCGACACCAUUUCAGCUUGCCGACCUGCAGAGAUGGAAACUUAUUGGAUUGCAGAGAGCCGCCUCUCCUGCCGGGUGCAGCAUACUCCACUCUUUGAAUCGAUACAGCCGUUACAUAAGCAUUUUGGACUGUGAUAACAAGACCCUUCGAUGUCCGCCGUACAAAGGAACACUGAUUAACCACAUGGCAGACCACAGGACACAGAUCAAACGUGGCAGCACCUACUUUCUUCAUGUUCAGAGCCUCUUGACUCAGCUUACAGCUAAGGCCUUCCUGUACACAUUCUGUCAUCACAUUCACCUUCCCAUGGAUAUGAAUGACCAGGGCUCGGUGACAUCACGCAGGACUAACUUCUUGUUACAGCUGGGUUACACUGUGGAAGAGAGUAAAAUCGUCCAGUACCUGAGUGAACUCAUCAAGACGCAUUAUAUUCAGGGACACCUGAAAGGGAUCAACCAGUCGUUCUUUUCUUUUAAUUAUACCACGAGCUAUUUGUACAAAAUUUGAAUGUGAAAGGUUCAUUUCGAUGUCUGUUUCGAUUGUAAGUUAAAAUCAGGAGACCAAAUGUGUUGAAUGUAAUUGUAAUGCGUAUAUUUUUUGAAGAAUAUUCCCACGGGACUCCUAAAAGCAGAGCGUUUAAUGUUUGACGUUGCUAACAUGGUCUUGAAUAUUUGUUUAGUGUAGUCAUUGCAUAUAUUAAUGUAUUGGACUAAACAUACAAAGUCGGAGAAGUUUGAUCUCAUUGAUUUGAAGACCUUACAAAAGCCGUUCUGAAAUGAUUUACUGUUGCACAAGUAGAUUUACAGUUGGAAAUAGGGCACACAGCUGCAGUCAGCUACAGCUCAUUGAAAGACACAAGCUGUGUAGUUUGUGACAGAUACAGCUGCACAGGAGGAGAUUUCCUAAUCAUGAUUUAAUUUAUCCGGUCCUGGUGGCUGGUUUAAUAAUUAACAAUGCUCUUCUGUCUUCAUAAGCAAUGCAUUGUUGCAACAUGAAAAUCCCCAGCAUAUCUUCUAUGAAAUUAAUUGUAGUGUCAGGAGAACAGUUGUACAUGUCUAUUUAUUUAUUACAGCCUUCAUGAAACCGUGCCAUUAAAAUUAGGUCGUUUUAAAGUGUUAUUUCCAAAAACACGUUCAGGCUAGUAUUCAAUUUGAUGUAACUGGAUGGAUUGGUCAAGCCUUUUGAUACUUGCGUUUUGGGUUUGUUUCAAGUCAGAUUAAUUAUUAAUACAGAGAAUAUUUGAACGUUGUCCCCUUCUUGCCCUUUCCACUUCAAGUAUGGAUCUGAUGAGAAAAAAUGGAACAUUUUUGUAUAAUGCAAAAGUCUUGGUUUAUCAUAAACGCAAGGUUUCAAAAAAGAUUGUUGGGAUUUAAAUGCAAAAAAGGAGUGACCAACCCUCUGUGCUUUAAUGUAAUUACGUGAUGAGGUGAAAGAAUGUACUGCAUGUUAUACUGUCACAUUGUGGAGAACUGUUACACAACUGUCUGCAUGUUUGAGGACCACAAAGAUUUAAUGAUGGAAAGAUAUGGUGGUAUUUAUAGGCACUUCCACUGUAUACUACACAAUGUAUAAUUCAGCCUUUCUAGAUAUUAAUAAUUGAUAUGAAUCGUCGUGUCUGAGUGGUGUGCAAGCAAUGUCAGCAUGAUAAACUGUGGGUGGUGGACUUGCACUUCUUAAUGUUGGUGGUCGCAGUGACCCUCAAGUGAACGAUAAUGGCGGUUGAUGCCAAAAUACAUUGUCUGUAAUUGUUAUUCCCACUACUGCAUGAUCGCAGUUGUAGACCAAAAUUAUAUGCCUUCUAACUGCUACUGUUCUCCGUUUCAUCACAAGUGUGUCUUAAUGUGAAGUUGUUUCAGUUACCCAGUGAUUAUUGGCCAGUGAACGUGUUUUCAGUAACAGAUAAUUGCAAACAAAUGCAGUCUGCUGAAUGUAAACGAAGAAUAAGCCAUACAAGUUUAAGCACACUAUCUUCCAAGGUUCUUUUCUUUUUGCUGUUUUUGAACAAAUUUGCUGUAAUUGUCCGAAUCGUACAUUUUUGAUGCACCUUUUCAUCUAUCUUAUGACAGUAUUGUGAGCUAAAGGUGAGGUGUAAUCUUCAUGAUAAAAUACUUAUGGAUGUUAAGUCAACUAAAAGGUCAUCCCAGUGUUUUGAGUUACUGCCCACUGUGAAUUUACUCUGUCUUCAAUUUCAUUAAAUUAUUUCUUAUUGA